GCCGGCAGCCCCGGGCCCGCGUUGCGCACGGUGCGCACCACCCGGCUCGCGGAACAGACCGAGCUUAGCUUGGGCGCCGCAGGCGGCUGGUGAGGACGGCGUGAGAGAGGACGUGGAGACGCACGGGCGGCCGCAGAGAGGUGACAAGCCGUGCACCUGGAAACUUACCAGGCUGUCUGGUCCCUGAGCAAAAUGGGAAAUGGUUCAGUAAAACCCAAGCAUUCCAAGCAUCCAGAUGGCCACUCUGGGAACGUCACUGUCGAUACCCUGAGGAGCAAGGUGACAGAACUGGAGAGAGAACUGAGGAGGAAGGAGGCUGAGAUCCAGGAGCGAGAGUACCAUCUGAAGGAGCUGCGGGAACAGCUGUCGAAGCAGACUGUGGCCAUUGCUGAGCUCACAGAGGAACUCCAGAACAAGUGCAUCCAGCUGAACAAGCUUCAGGAUGUGGUGCAUUUGCAGGGUGGAAGCCUGCCUCAGGCUUCUCCAGAGAAAGUGCCUCUUGAGGUCCACCGGAAGACCUCAGGGUUGGUCUCUCUUCACAGCCGAAGGGGAGCAAAGGCUGGCGUGUCUGCCGAGCCAACAACCCGAACCUAUGACCUCAACAAGCCCCCUGAAUUUUCCUUUGAAAAAGCAAGAGUCAGAAAGGAUUCCAGUGAGAAGAAGCUCAUUACAGAUGCACUUAAUAAGAAUCAGUUUCUGAAGAGACUAGAUCCUCAGCAGAUCAGAGACAUGGUGGAAUGCAUGUAUGGGAGAAACUACCAGCAAGGGAGUUAUAUUAUCAAGCAAGGAGAACCAGGAAAUCAUAUCUUUGUGCUGGCAGAGGGUCGAAUAGAGGUGUUCCAAGGAGAGAAGUUACUGUCCUCUAUCCCUAUGUGGACCACGUUUGGGGAAUUAGCCAUUUUAUACAACUGUACAAGGACUGCCUCUGUGAAAGCUAUUACCAAUGUUAAAACUUGGGCACUAGAUCGAGAGGUAUUCCAGAAUAUAAUGAGAAGGACAGCUCAAGCUAGAGAUGAACAGUACAGAAACUUCCUCAGAAGUGUAUCCUUGCUGAAGAAUUUACCAGAGGAUAAAUUAACCAAGAUCAUUGACUGCUUGGAAGUGGAAUACUAUGACAAAGGCGAUUACAUCAUUAGAGAGGGGGAAGAAGGAAGUACCUUUUACAUUUUAGCAAAAGGAAAGGUACAAGUCACACAGAGUACAGAAGGCCACGAUCAGCCACAACUAAUAAAAAUAUUACAGAAGGGAGACUAUUUUGGAGAAAAAGCUCUUAUCAGUGAUGAUGUCAGGUCUGCUAACAUUAUUGCUGAAGAAAAUGAUGUCGCCUGUCUAGUUAUAGAUCGAGAAACAUUUAACCAAACGGUGGGGACAUUUGAAGAACUCCAAAAAUACCUUGAGGGUUAUGUGGCAAACCUGAAUCGUGAUGAUGAAAAAAGACAUGCGAAGAGGUCCAUGUCUAACUGGAAGCUGUCCAAAGCACUCUCUCUGGAGAUGAUUCAGCUGAAGGAGAAGGUUAAAGUAAAAAAUGAGAAUGUUGCUUUUGCUAUGAAGUGUAUAAGGAAGAAACACAUAGUUGACACCAAGCAACAAGAACACAUUUACUCAGAGAAGAGGAUCCUGGAAGAGUUGUGUUCUCCAUUUAUUGUGAAAUUGUAUCGUACUUUCAAGGACAAUAAGUAUGUAUACAUGCUUCUGGAGGCCUGCUUAGGUGGGGAGCUGUGGAGUAUUUUAAGGGACAGGGGCAGCUUUGAUGAACCCACUUCCAAGUUCUGUGUAGCUUGUGUGACAGAAGCAUUUGAUUACCUGCACCAACUAGGUAUUAUCUACAGAGACCUGAAGCCAGAAAAUUUAAUUCUAGAUGCAGAGGGUUACCUUAAAUUGGUUGACUUUGGGUUCGCAAAGAAAAUAGGAUCUGGACAAAAAACAUGGACAUUCUGUGGGACUCCAGAGUAUGUCGCUCCUGAAGUCAUUCUCAACAAAGGACAUGACUUUAGUGUGGAUUUUUGGUCCUUGGGGAUUCUUGUGUAUGAGCUCCUCACUGGCAACCCACCAUUUUCUGGGAUUGACCAAAUGAUGACGUAUAAUUUAAUUCUCAAAGGAAUUGAAAAAAUGGAUUUUCCCAGAAAGAUAACAAGGCGACCUGAGGAUUUGAUUCGGAGACUUUGCAGGCAAAAUCCAACAGAACGGCUGGGAAAUCUGAAGAAUGGCAUCAAUGACAUUAAGAAACACAGAUGGUUAAAUGGUUUUAACUGGGAAGGAUUGAAAGCACGGAAUCUUCCAUCCCCUUUGAAAAGACAGCUCAAUGGACCCACAGACCACAGCUACUUUGACAAGUAUCCUCCAGAAAGAGGUGUACCUCCAGAUGAGCUGUCAGGUUGGGAUAAAGACUUCUGACAGAAACAGUGAUGAUUACUGCAUAUUCACUACAGAAGAGGACUCUAUGGAUCAAUAAUCUACCCUUGAUUAUUUCUCUCUUUGGAGUAUUACAGUAGCUUUUGGGAGACUAUUUGGGGGAAAUUAAUUUCUGAGUUUGGGGUGGAGGAUGUUAGUAUGGAAGUUGUUCUGAAUUAUAAUGCCUCAUUAAGAUGUUGUCAAUUAUAAAUAUAUUCAAUUCUUUACUCAAAUAUUGAUGGCUAUCCCAUUUCCCUCCCAUCACUCAGACUAUUUUUGUU